CCUGAGUCACCUGACGUGUCAUUCACAUGACCUGCGCUAAUAGGCAACUGAGAUAACGAUGAUCUUCGGCAGAACCUCAGAACCACCAAUCUCCACCAACUCCACUGUGCCCAUGGGUGAUCAGCUUUCCCCCUGGAGUGAAGAUGGGAGGAUCAUGUUCAUCAUGUUCCUCUACUCAGGCCUGUGUGGGGGUCUGACCGCUCUGGUCUGGGCUGGCUGGGCCGUCCAUCAGCGGCGACGACGUUCCGGAGGAAAACAUUCGCCCCUUAUUCUCGCCCUCCUCGUCAACGACGCCCUCGAGCUGCUUUUGACCCCCGCUGCGGUCAUCGCCGUGGCGACUGCACCCUGUAGGAACAGUCUUGAUAACGUCCUCUCAGUGUUUCUCAUCGCGAGGCUUGGCGGUCUGAGCCUUCACCAGCUGGUGGCGCUAGAGGGCACUGCGUGGUUGACGCACCCCGAGGGUGCCGCUGUGCUCUCCUCUCUGCCGUGCGCUCUCACGCUCAUUUCCAGUGUGCUCCUCCCCACCACUCUCGCCAUCGUCUUCUCCUCAAACUAUAACAACUUACUGAUGUGCGUGCUACUACUAGCAGGACCAGCAGGGGGUGCUGUUUCUAUGUUUGUGUUGAUCCUUUCAGCAAAAGACCCCUCAGACUCAAAAAGGCCCUUCCUGCUCCCCCCAAGACGAGGGAGAGCAGAGAGGCUGGUAAUGUCUGUGUCCUUGAUCACCUUCCUUGGCCUGUACUGCCCAUACUUCCUGACCAUUGCUGUCUCAUCCACAAGAUUCUCCGUCUUGCCUUUGUGGUCUGGGCGUCACACUAUGUGGGAGACCACAUGCUGCUCGCUCAUGAGCUUGCGGCUGGUGACUGACCCGUUGCUGUGCAUGCUGGUCUGCAGGCUUGCCAAACCGUAG